AUGCAACAACAACAGGGUCCGCCACCACCACAAUUUCAGGGACGAGGAGGCCCCGGAGGUCCACCUCCUCCUUCACUCGCUGGACCACCACCAGGUCAACAACCUCACUACCCACCUCCUCGCCCACCGCAUAUCAUCCCAGGAGGCCCACCCCCUGGAGCCAUGCCACCCUACGGCAUCCCACCACCUCAAGGAGGACCUCCUUUGCCACCACCAGGAGCUGGACACCCUGGAGGUAUGAUUCCAGGACAGAACCAGCCUCUUCCCCACCUUCAUCAACAACAGCUUCAUCAUCGCAUGCCACCACCUCCUCGUCCUGGUUUCGGACCUGGACCUCCACCACCUUCAUUACCGGGAUCUGUUGGGAUGGUUGGACCUUAUGGCGGUGUGGUACCACCCAUGCCCGUCCCUGGUAUGCCAGGAAUGAAGCCAGGAGGAGGAAUACCAACUGUUGGGCUCGGCAACAAUGCGCUCUUGACUGGACCACCUAGCUCUUUGGGCACAGGUACAGGUGUUGGACAGGGAGGCGCUAUGGCUGCUGUUGGAGGCGCGCUGCCAGAUAAGAUGAACACUCUUUUCAUUGGAUCUAUUGCUCCUGGAAUCAACAAGGUCGCCAUGGAGAAGUUGCUCAGGCAUGUUCAGGAUCCCACGACGCAAAAGUGGAAGGCGUUUGGAUUUGCAGAGUAUGCAGAUGCUGACAGUCUGUUGAGGACACUCCGAGUUCUGGGCCAGGAUGGACAGCAGCCCAAGGGCGAGAAGCCUGUCGGAUUGGAAUUGAAGGCCAUGGAUGGAUCUGAUGUUGUCAAGGCGCUCCUCGUCAAGGCUGACGAGAAGACUCGCCAAUUCUUGGAUCAGUAUGAAGAGAGCCGUCCCCGCACUAUCCAUGAUACGGAGAAGGAUAAAGUGGCGUUGGCGAAUGCGACAAAGAUCAUUCAGCAAAUGAAGGACGGUAUCCUGGACACAACAGACACCACCGCAAAAUCAGACGACACCGCAGCCGAAUCAUCCUCCUCCUCCAACAAAGACAAGGAAGACCUUACCCUAGUCGGCAGACCAAGACGCCAUAACAACCUUGACGGAACUGGCAAGCUGGGUGAAGACGGCACCGAGGAAGAGAUGUCGGAGGAGCAAAAGGAGUUGAUUGCACGCGAAAUUAAUUUUUUUAGAGAACGUGCGGCUCUCAAGGAGAAGGAGCGUAAAGAAGAAGAGGAACGGUCAGAGAGGAUGGCGCGGUCUGGUCAUCAUCAUCGGCAGUCGAAAGAUUCUGGCUCUGCGGCCACGGGCGCUAAUGCGUCGUCUUCUGCUUCUCAUAGAGCUGGACGGGACCGUGCUUGGGGCGGUAGUAGCAGUGGCGGUGGUGCAGGUGCAUCGCGCCAGAUGGACUUUGUCGCAGCCAGUGGGACUAGCCAUACUGACGUCGGGUCUUCGUCUGCGCUUGCAUCUACUUCUUCAGCUGGUGCCGCUAGUUCAGCGUCUCAGGGCCAGGAUACGGGUAUGGACUCUGAGGAGGAAGAAAAGGCGCGUCAGGAGCGGAGGGAUCGUGAGACCGAACAUACUUUCAAGGAGCGUGAGCGUCGGUGGGAACAACGCGAGGUUGAGAGAAUGCGGUUGUAUGAGAAGGAUAAGGCCCGUGAUGCUGAUUAUCAGGCUGAGUCUUUUGCUGCGCGAGAUGUUAUGGCUGCUCGGUUUGCCCAGUGGAACGAUGAUGUUGAACGCGAGCGCCGUCAUGAAGACUACUACCGCGAUCGAUCGAGAUGGUGGCACAGGAGACAAGCGUUCUUGCAGAAGGAGCAGCGCUACGAUGAUCUGGACCGCGAGGAGGAAAAAGAAAAACUGGCAGAAGCUGCCAAGAAGGCCGCCCAGGAGGUUGAAGCCGCCGCCGCCGCUGUUGCUAACGCUGCUGCAGAAGCAGGCGCCGCCAUGGAGGUCGACUCUGCAGCAAUAGCUACACCCUCUGCAAGCCAGGAUAAGGAUGUGGAGAUGAACGAGGCUUAUGGAUCUGGAUCAAUAUCCAGUACCGCCGAAGAAGCCGAGAAGAACGAUGCCUCUGCGUCGAACAUUCCUUCAGACCCACAAGAGUUGUGGAACUGGCCGGUCCAGUGGUCGAUCAUGGAGGCCAAUGAUGGGUUGAUCCUGAAGGAGAAGAUCACGCCAUUUGCGACCAAGAUUGUUGUUGAGCUGUUGGGUGUUCCUGAAGAGGAUCUGACUAAAUAUGUGGUGGAUCAUAUCCGGCAGCGGAAACCACCUCAGGAUCUUAUUUCUGAGCUUCGCGGUGCGCUGGAUAAUGACGCGGAUAAGCUGGUGGCAAGGGUGUGGAAGCUACUGAUUGAGGAGACCGAGUCCGCUGCACGGAAACAAUAA